CGAGAAUUUCAGUCCUCGAUUCAUUUCGAUCGAUCAUAUAGAGCAUACACAGCUGGUUCUGGCCAUUGAUCGAUCGAUCAUAUAGAGCAUACAUAGCUGGUUAAUUCUGGCCAUUGAUCGAUCGAUCGAAUCGAUCUGUAGAGAGAAAGAGAGCUCGAUCGCUACGAGCCGUUCAGAGGAUGGAGAUGAUGUGUGCAGCGCAGGCGGCCGCGACGUCGCAGAUGCCGCCGGGGUUCCGGUUCCACCCGACCGACGAGGAGCUGAUCCUGCACUACCUCCGCAACCGCGCGGCCUCGGCGCCGUGCCCCGUCCCCAUCAUCGCCGACGUUGACAUCUACAAGUUCGAUCCAUGGGACCUCCCCUCCAAGGCGGUGUACGGCGACGGCGAGUGGUACUUCUUCAGCCCGCGAGACCGCAAGUACCCGAACGGGAUCCGGCCAAACCGCGCGGCGGGGUCCGGCUACUGGAAGGCCACCGGCAUCGACAAGCCCAUCCACGACAGCGUCACUGGGGAGAGUGUCGGCGUCAAGAAGGCGCUCGUCUUCUACAAGGGCCGUCCACCCAAGGGCACCAAGACCAACUGGAUCAUGCACGAGUACCGCCUCGCCGCCACAAACCCGCUCGCCACCGGCGCAUACCGUCCACCCGUCAAGUUCAGAAACGUCUCCAUGAGGCUGGACGACUGGGUGCUGUGCCGGAUCUACAGGAAGUCCGGCCAGGCGUCGCCGAUGAUGGUGCCGCCGCUCGCUGACUACGAACACCUGGACCACGACGAGCCCUCCGGUGGCUUCGACGACAUCUGCAGCUUCUACGCGCCGACGAGCAGUGGUACGACUACCUGCAGCGUGACCACGCAUCAGCAGGCGGCGGCCCCGCGGCUCCCGAAGAUACCCUCCAUGUCCGGGCUCUUCGACGAGUACGCGCUCGCGCAGAUCUUCGACACCGCCGUGCCGGCCGAGGCCGAGCACGCCCCGCUCGCCGUCCACCCCUCCCUGAACCAGCUCCUGGCCGUCGGCGACAGCGUGCACAAGGAGCUGAUCUACUCGUCGUCCCAUGCUGGCGGGAAGCGCAAGGCGAGCCCGGACGAAUGCGCUGGUGGCGUCGGGAUCAUUGGCCACCACCCGCCGGCCAAGAGGCUCAACGGUUCGUGCUUCGACGCACCGCAGCCGGCGACCGGCUUGCAAGCCACGCCCUCGGUGCUGGGCGGCCUGAACCAUCACAUGCUUCCUCAGUUCUAGUAAAGUUCUAGUUGACUUGAGCAUGAACUGAUAUUAUCAAGUUUACGGAUCACCUGCGUCGACAUGAAGAAUCAUGCAGAGGCCAUUGAGAUGGACCGUUCGGUACAGAAUUAUUGUACCACUACUAGUAUUGAUCAAGUAGGCAUAUGUAUUCAAUUUUUUCUCCUAUGUACCAGUAUUCAUUUCAGGCACAGUGCAAAGCUAGCUGGAGCUUGAUGCGUAUGUAGUACUUUGCGACCGGACCGAGAGGGAGAAUGUUGUUAGAUUAAGGUCGCUUAGCCUUCGUUUUGGUAAAGACCAUAUCUAGAACAAUAAGGGUGAUCCUAUUUUCCAUA